AUGCCUAAAAAUAAAAAAGAGAAAAUUUAUCAAAAACCUACCGAAGAGCAAUUGCAGUAUCUGCGUAAUAAGUCCAAGGUUUUAAAUACACAAAGAUCUACACAAAAUUGGAUACUUAAAUUUCAGAAAUAUAGAUUGGAUAUUGGAUUGGAAGGUGUACCAGAAGAUAUUAAUGAAACUUCAAAGCUAGAAAUGGAACUUUGUGACUAUUUUACAGUAGCUGAAAAAGAAGAUGGAUCUUCAUAUUCAGUAUCGUCACUAUUAGCUGCAAUUCAGGCAAUUAAUAGAUUCUACAAUUCAAGUACAAGCAAAAUUAAACCAGUUAACUUGUGUGAUUGGCAAGCAUUUCCAAAUCUAUGGGAAAUACUUGAUGGAAAAAUUAAAGAUCUUUCUGAAAAAGGUUAUAGUGAAACUAAUGGAUCUGAUUUAUUAUCAAUCGAAGAAAUUCAACAAAUUUUACAACAUGAGGCAACAUUAAAAGAUACAUUAAAUGGAUUACUAAACUGGGUUUUCUUUUACAAUGCUAUUUUUUUAGCUUUACGAGGUGGAGAGCACUAUACUUUAAUGGCCAAUCAUUUUCAAAAAAGAAAAGAUGGUGGUUUCAAUGUUUUUAUUUAUAAAUCUAAAACAAAUCAGCGUGGAUUAAAAAAUCUAGAUUCUGCAGAUAAGAUUUCAAUCCCUACAGAAAACUCUGAAAUUAUUGCCAACUAUAAAAAAUAUUUUUUAAACCGUCCAAUUGAUGCUAAUCCUGAAUUUUAUUUGCAACCUAUCGAUACAAAAUCUGCUCAGAACUAUGAAGUUUCAACAAUUACUAGACAUCAUUCUCUGUCUUUUCUCGCUCGUUAUGAACGACCAAAAGAUGGUGUUCAGAAAUCUGCUUUAGUAAACUUAAUAGAUACAGUAAAUUCUAAAACAAAUACGAUUGCUCCUCAACCUCAAUCCACUACUAUAUUACCCAAUAAAGAUUUAUAUCAUGGUUUCAAAACGGCACAACAAAUUUAUCAAGGUAAAUUAG